GGGCGAGAAAACAGAAAGGAUUAGAAGGCGGGCAAGCAGAGAUUGACAGCUCUGUCCGGCCAAUCCCCAGCGGCCGGCGCUCCGAGAAGCAACCUGGCUAACUAUGCGCGCUUCGACCAAUCGGAGAGGAGGUGGGCGGGCGGAGCUGCACGCCAGCCUUCCGCAUCUGUGUUGACUUCCGUCGUCAAUAUUACCAGCAGCAGAGCGAGGAGAAGAGAAAAGACAAGAGAAGACAAGACAAGAGAGACGAGAAUAAGGCUCAGAAAGCAGUUGGCCUCCUUUGGCAAGCGAGGAUGCCUUUCUUGGGCAAGGACUGGAGGUCGCCAGGAUGGAGCUGGACCAAGACGGAACACGGCUGGAAGAGGAUCAUCUUCUACGGCCACGACAUGGACGACAUCCACCGGGAGAUUGAAUUCCCCUGCGGUGACCGAGACGAUGAGUUUGCGCAAGACGUUUGCCAGUUGGCCAGCUUGAAAAGGAGAAAGGACUUGUACAACCACAAGACCAAGUCUCAGUUUGUUUUCAGGGACAAGUGGAUCUACGUGCAGAAAGGCAGCACAAAAGAGCGUCACGGCUAUUGCACUCUGGGAGAGGCGCUGAACCGCCUGGACUUUUCCAGCGCCAUCCACGACUUAAGGAGAUUCAACUAUGUGGCUAAGCUUUUCCAGCUGAUAGCCAGAUCCCAGCUGACCUGCUUGAGCGGAGCAGCCCAGAAGAACUACUUCAACAUUCUGGAGAAGAUGGUUCGAAAGGUGGUGGAGGACCACUACAAUCCGCGGCUGGUCAAGGAGCUGCUGCAGGACCUGAGCGCGGCGCUGCGCACGCUGACGCUGCACGUGGGCCGAUGCGUGCUGGUGGGCAACGUGGACGUCUGGCUCCGUCGACUAGACAACAUUCUCAAGUGGCAGCGGCAGCUCAAUGACUUGCACAUCCCCACGCAAAUGCGCUCGGGCGUGUCGUUCAGCGACCUGCCGCUGUACACGCACAACAAGAUCCUGUACAACCUCUCGGACGCCUGCGACAUCAUCAACCUGGGACAGGCCACGCCCACGCUGCACGUGCUCAGCGAGAACCGCAAGCUGUGGAAGCGGCUGUGCCAUUUCCACUUCUCGGACAAGCCGCACCUCUCUCGGCAUUUGGUCCUCACCAAGAGCGACGGCGUCGACUGGAAGCUGAUGUACUUCACCCUGCACAAGCGUUACCCCGUCAAGGAGCAGUACGGCGACACCUUGCACUUCUGCAGGCACUGCAGCGUCCUCUUCUGGAAGGACUGCGGCCACCCGUGCACGGCCAACGACCCCGACGGCUGCCUGCUGCCCAUCUCGCCGCAGCACUUCAUCGACCUCUUUCGCUUCUAGACGCCCGCCCACCCGGCCCCGCCCCCCCGUAGCGUCCCAAGCCACGAUAGAGCCAGCAAAUUCGGUGGCAGUACUGCCGUCGACGGUCGCCAUCCAUCGACCUCGUCCGUCCCUCUUGUUCAUCUGAAGAGCCGAGCGGCAGGCUUGCAGUGCAGCGUCAGCUGGCGAGAGCUGUAGCCGGACACGCUCACCCCCAUCAAUCCCAGCAGGAACGCCAGGCGGGGCAUUGCCGGACCCUCCCGGCUCUGCAGGACCGCCUGGGUCUGAAAGAGAAAGUGAUGACGGCUGAGUUUUGCUCAACGUUUGACAAAUUUCACUCAUGAAACAUGAUUAACAGUCUGGACUCAACAUUGGGUCCCUCCCAAAAGUCUGACUUUUUUUUUUUUUUUUAAAUGCCAAUUUCCACUUCAAGACUGAUCCACGUCCGGCAGGUCACGCACACGCACCUGGAGGUAUCGAAUGUAUCCCGGGGUCAGUCGAGGGAUGCGGAAGAAAAACAUGCCUGCUCGUCCCCGACUGCUUCAAACGGGCAAAAGUGCUCUCCCUGGCCCUCAGGUUCGGUUUGUGUGUGUCCAAAAGGCACACUCGCCUCGUCUCCUCGUCUCACAUUUGCACUGCAGUCACUCACCUGGACGGGUCAGGUCGUCCAGAUAUAUACAGCGUCAUUGCGUAAGUUGUUCACAUGCGUGGCGCCGAUGAACGGUUCGUGUGUGCAACGGUGUCAGCGGAGGAUUAGGCCGGCCUCUGGAUUUAACGCACAUGGGAGAGGUGG